UUCAGAUGUACUAUACUUAUAUUUUAGGAAUUAAAAGAUAUUAUUAAAAUAUUUGCUAUGUUUCUAACAAAAUCUGCUAUGUGUUUAGUGAGAUUUACUAUGCUUCUUCUGUGUUGAGCUAUUUACUUCGAUAGCCCUUUUCUACAUAUGACCUUCGAUUUACCUUUCUAAUUCCCCCUUCCAUCAACUCCAUCUUUUCUGUCCUCUAGCUCUGCUAAUUCAAUACCAACUUUUCUUUCUUAUACACUGUGUUCCAUCAAGUUCUACGCAACAAAAUUUUGUAUACCACAGCCAAGUGAAAUAAGACCAUGUUAAUUCCUUAUUGUCAUCUUGAAAUUAGCAUAUAUUUACUUGUAUCACAUUGUUAUUCAUAUAUAUUUAUAUUGAGAAUAAAUCUCUCGUAUUAGAAAAAGCUCACAUCUGUAAGCGGCAAAACUCAUUUAAAUUCAGGCUGAAAUUACGUCAUUAAAUAAUAUUUCCUAUGCGAGGCUCGUCAGCAUUUGGCAUUUACCCACGAUGUUUGUAUUCUGCCUCUUGUACACAGUUACACAACCUAUAUCAUAAGCUGUCACGCUCACUCUCCAGUCAGUCGCGGUUAAGAUUCAAACCGUUAUCCACACGCGCUAGUGCUCUCCGUCUUUUUCGUCGCGCGCUUGAACUUGAAGAAAGUGCGGAAAACAUUUCCGAGAGAACUCAUCAGAGUGAAAUAUAGCGAACAUCGUUCGACCACAAGUACAUACGCGAUCGUGCCACGCCGGGCGCGCCGUAAAUUUCUCGCAAAUACCGCAACUCGAUCACGUUCGACGGGAUCUCGACAAGAUGGAAAUGCCUGUAGAGACACCGGAAUGGCUGGAUGUAUGCUUCGUGCAGAAGGCCCUGCGACAUUCGGAAGGAGACUCGAUCCACGUGAUCGAUAUAUCCACGAAACCGGCUACGAAUAAGGGUGACAACUAUACCAGCGAUAUGAUCAGGGUCAUGGUUGAAUACACCCAAGACCAGAACCGGAAAGACACGAAGAAGAAAUCAAUCAUCGUCAAGAUCGCGCCGAUCAACGAUGGGAUGCGCAAGGAACUCAUCUUGAAUUCGUCCCUCUUCAGUACGGAAAUGUUGAUGAUGUCAAAUACUUUGGAUAAAAUGAAUCAGUUGCUGGGAUCCAAUCUGAGCGCUAAGAGCUUAUACAUUCAGCAGAAAGAUCCACCGCUUCUAGUAUUGGAGGAUUUAGCACCACUCGGUUUCCGCAUGGCCGAUCGUGAAACUGGCCUCGAUUUGACUCAUUGUAUAUUAGCGCUUCGUGGAUUGGGUAAAUUCCAUGCAGCAUCAGUAGCCGUGUGUGAAAAGGAUCCAAGCCAAAAGAAGCUGUAUACGGGAGGAAUGUUCGAUCCAGCUCAUCCGCCAAGCUUAACUGAUUUCUUCGAUCUCGGUCUUCAGAAUUUGGCAAAAGAAACAGCAAAAUGGCCAGAACUAGACCAAAAAUACACGAAGAAAAUUACUCAACUCAGUACCAGAUGUUUCGAAAUAGGAAUGAAAGUAUCCAGGCCGCGUGAUGAUGAUUUUAAUGUGAUUACCCACGGAGACUUUUGGGUGAACAAUAUGUUGUUUAAAUACGCUAACGGGAAACCAGUUGAACAUAUUUUUGUGGACUUUCAAUUGUGUUGCUACACAUCGCCAGCGAUCGAUCUCCUCUACUUCCUCAGCACGAGUCCCACCAUGGAGACCAUCGAAAAUAACAAAGAUGUCAUGUUGGCCGAGUACCUUAACACACUGACGAGCACUAUGAAGCAGCUCGGCUGCAAAACGCAACCGCCCACCAUGCAGAAACUGAAAGAUUCUUUGAAGGAGAAGGCUGCUUACGGAAUGUUAGCUUCCUUUACAGUAUUGCCGAUAGUGAUAUGUGACAAAGACAAAGUGAAAGAUAUUGAUGAGAUCAUGUUGGAAGAUGGUACUUACGAGAAUCCCGGUUUACAAGGUAAACUUUUCCGAAAGAUAAUGACGAAACGGUUACCACUUUUUGAUGAGAUGGGUUUAUUGGAUUUAUGAUGUCAUCCGUGAUAUAAAGAAGAAAAAGAAGAAAACAGUAUAAGCAGAAGAGUAUCUUGAUAAAACAAUAGUAAGUUAAGAAAAAUAUAUUCUGUGUAUAUGUUCAAAUUAAUUUUAUUAGAAUAUUAGAAUAUCCUAUGUGCUCAUUGGAAACAAGUAUUUUAAGGGAAUAAUGAUAAUUUAGUUAAAUAAGAUAAUUAAAAGUGACAGCAAAAUAUGUGUAAGAUAGCAUUUUCGAGUAGAAAGUAUCGUGGAUUAUUUUUCCAAAAUGGGAACAAUGUAUUAGAAUUAUGUAUUAGGAUACUAUACUUUCAGAAAUCACGGGUCUGCCAUACUGAGAUAAUGGCUACCCCACGUCAUAUAUUUCGUUAUAACUUCUACGAAAGUCAACCGAUUUCAAAAAAAUUAUUUUCUCAUCAAAACGCCAGACUUCAAGGAAUUCGUUUAUGUAUAGAGAAAUAUGAAAAAGACAGUAGUUUAAAAAAUAUUCACCUGAAUUUUAGGUGAUAAUUUUAUAAUGUACGUUUUACUCGACACUUAUUUGGAUCGUGAUCCAACGAGAACAACGAAACUUUUAUAUUAAAAAUUGAUAACUUUACGCAAAACGAUAAUUACCAGUACAAAUUAAUUACCUGUACAAAUUAAUAAGGAUAAAUUAAGGAUACAAUUAAGUGUUAUACAUUGUAAGUUCGUUAAAAAUCUUAUUUAUUAUAUUGCAUUUGGUACGAUCUCUUUUAAUAUUUAUAAAAUUUAAACUUUUCGCUACAAUAUUAAAUGCGCAGGUAAAUAUGCAUUCUUUAUGGUGUAUUUGUUUUUAAUAAAAACGACUGUACAGACGAAAAUCGCAUGAAUAAAACCAACAAAUAGUAAAUAUUACAAUCACUCCUUGCAGCAAAAAGAUUAAGACGAAAAGGUUAAAGUUCGUAUGUCUUUGAGUCUGAACCAUUAAAAGUCAAUUAAAAAAAUAUUGUUAAUAUUUUAUUGCACUACAACUGUAUGUGUUAUUUACCAGCAAUAGUUUUUGGAUAUCGUAUUAAUGCAUUGUAUUUUAAUACGCAUAGAUAUAUCUCAUGGAUAGGUACUUAUUGACGUGUUAAUAGAAAUGAUGUUAACGAAAAUAAUGUAAACGUUACUGUCUAUAUAUCAAGUACCUCUCAAUUUCCUCAAGUACCUUCAAUUUAUUCUUACGAAUAAAAUGAACUAUGUCGACUCGAUAUUUCUUCAGAAAUCUGAACAAAGUUUAAUUUCUCUUAUUGAUACCUAAAUGUCUCUUUCUGCAAAGCGAAACUCUUUGAGAGAUCGCUAGAUACUAAAAAAUAUCAGUGAUCUCUGAAUAAUCAGAGAUAAUCCAAGAGUAAUCUUGGGAUAACCCAAGAAGUGGAUCUCGUUAAAAAAAAUGAAACUAAGUUAUAAUUAAUAAUCAAAAAGUUUUGACAUUAUUAACAUCAAAAAUACCAGAUAACUUAAUCCCCUCUGAACAACUUAGUUAACUUUUACUUUCUGCUCCGCUGUACGCAGAUAGCAGAUAAUUUCUUUUACGAUGCAGAGUGAGAGAUUACAUAAUGUUUGACCUCGUUGAUUUAGAUUAACAUGGAUUACUUCGAUUAUGGGUCACAUUAAAAAACAUGCAGAAUUCUAAUAUCUUCGAUGAAUUCGUUGCGCCUUCUCACAUGUUUAUAACUUUUAUGUGAUGAUCUUGAAUAUCGUAGUGUUGAAGGUUUGCGAUGCGUUUCUUAUGUUUGACAACAUGUUUGACGACAUAUAAGAAUUUUCGUUUCCUGAAAUUCUGGAAUGAAGUGCGCUGAAUUCUAUUAGAAAUUUAAUUUCCGAGUUGCGCACUCGAUAUUUUAUGUCCACAAGUUUGUAAAGAAUUCAGUUGCACUUAUAAAUUAUACAAAUAUUUAAUUAAUUAUUUUUUAAUGUAAUAUGCAUGACAUAUGUUGAAGAACACAUUCACAGUACCAAGGGCUAUUUAAAUACAUCAAUAAUAAACAUAAUUUCACGGAUUUGGUUGCUAUUCUGCAUAAAUCUUCAGAACAGCACCAGAGAAAUUUAAACUCAAAUUGAACUUUUGUAACAUCUUUUACGGAAUAAUCCCGACGUUCCGAAUAAAUCUACGCGGCACAGUUUCAUGUGCAUGUCGCCCAUUUCGCGGAAACAAAUAACGAGACACGGAAAACAAAGAAAUAGAACGAACGGAAUUGCUGUUGGACACGCGUCCCGUGGUGCAUACCUAUUUUAUGAAUUAAUCACGUUACUAUAGAAUAGACAAAACAUCUGUCAGGAAAAUAGCCAAGGAAG